AGGUUUGUUAUUGGUCUGAGGAUUUCAUUUGGUGUAGGAAAGAGGAAGAAAAUUAGAAGAUCCUAAAAAGUUGUUUAUUGUUGACCGGUGGGAAGGGAAGUGGGAGCAGUGUGUUUGAGUUGUGUUUGGCAGCGGAAGGAGGAGCCAGAAAGUGUGAAAUGGAUUUGGACCAGUGGAUCUCCAAGGUCAAGGAUGGCCAGCACCUUCUUGAAGACGAGCUUCAACUUCUUUGCGAAUAUGUUAAAGAGAUCCUUAUUGAGGAGUCAAAUGUGCAACCGGUGAAUAGCCCAGUGACGGUUUGUGGUGAUAUUCACGGUCAGUUUCAUGAUCUGAUGAAACUUUUCCAGACUGGGGGUCAUGUGCCGGAGACAAAUUACAUUUUUAUGGGGGACUUUGUUGACAGGGGCUACAAUAGUCUUGAAGUAUUCACCAUCCUUUUACUUCUAAAAGCUAGAUACCCAGCUAAUAUUACCCUUCUACGGGGAAACCAUGAAAGUAGACAACUAACACAGGUCUAUGGAUUUUAUGAUGAAUGCCAGAGGAAGUACGGAAAUGCUAAUGCUUGGCGAUAUUGUACAGAUGUCUUUGACUAUCUUACACUUUCUGCAAUCAUAGAUGGAACUGUGCUUUGUGUUCAUGGUGGUCUUUCUCCAGACAUUCGAACAAUUGAUCAGAUAAGGAUCAUUGAAAGGAAUUGUGAAAUUCCUCAUGAGGGGCCAUUUUGUGAUCUGAUGUGGAGUGAUCCUGAAGAUAUUGAAACAUGGGCAGUCAGUCCCCGUGGAGCUGGUUGGCUUUUUGGAUCCCGCGUCACUUCUGAGUUCAAUCACAUAAACAAUCUUGAUCUUGUUUGUCGAGCGCACCAACUUGUUCAAGAAGGUCUUAAGUAUAUGUUCCAGGAUAAAGGCCUUGUAACUGUAUGGUCUGCACCCAAUUACUGUUACCGUUGUGGAAAUGUAGCUUCUAUUCUUAGUUUCAAUGAAAGUAUGGAGCGAGAAGUUAAAUUUUUCACUGAAACAGAGGAGAACAACCAGAUGAGAGGCCCCAGGACAGGCGUUCCAUAUUUCUUAUAACUUGAAAAUGUUUUUCUUGAAUUUAUUGUAAAAUUAUAUAGUAAGUGCCUUACUAUUAUGAUUGGACGUUUAUAGUAUUGUAUCGUGGAGCUUUUCUAAAAGAUGGAUCUUUAUUUUUGGCAUAAGAUUUCACAAUCUUGUGUGCGAUGUGAUGCAUCGGAAAUACCACUAUUCACCAUCUA